UACGCCGGCGAGACUCGGAAGUUCUUCCCAACGUUUGAAUCAGCACGUACUGCGUAAGAAGGGCAUAUUUAAGCCAAAAUGAUCGGCAAAGUUAUCGGUCACAAAUAUGCAGCCAUCGUCAAAUCAUGGGUCCCUACUAUGGCAAUAUGGGGUACAACUGGAGGUGUAGCUCUAGUCUACAUGACAGACUGGCGGUUAAUUUUGGAUUAUGUUCCCUACAUCAAUGGCAAAUUCAAGAAGGAUGACUAGUGGCAGUCAGGUUGGUGCUAUUUUUUUGUUUUCAAUACGACGACCUACAUCAUUAACAUGACGUGCUGCAGCCUGUACCUUGCACUGUGGUCCCACUGCAUGGAAGGCUACUGGAGCCCAUGGUCUUGACCCAUCUCAGUUAACAUUGAACUGUUCUUCAACGUCCACUGAUAUUCACUGGGGUGGGGAUUUCAUUGUCCUCUGCCAGUGAAAACAUGAAUGAAAGGAAAUGGAUGGUGUCAAACCUGUAAACAGAAUACAGUUCUAUUCCUUUCUGCUUAGUCUGGGGAUAUGUAUUUAUUUUAAUCAAACAUCUUCUGUGGGUCAAAUUUAAUGCCUUCUGUUAAAAAGAGAAGUAAAGUGUUUGACUUCUAA